CUAGAACCAAAAACACGCGAUUCGUUUCACUUUUUCUGGGAGCGGCUUCUAUUUUCUCCGAGUUUUAGACAAAAAUUACAGAAGCUAAUUUCCACUACUUGUGGCGGCAUUACCAUCGAUAGUUUCAUUAAAUCCAAAUGGAUGAAACGGAAAGUGCUCGGUUGAAGGAAAAAGCCUCCGGUGAAAUGGACGCCGAACUGAAGGAGAAGGAUCCAACGGCGGAAGAGAGCACGAAAACAUUGGAUUCGGAAGAUGACUCCAUCCACUUCUACGCCACGUUGGCCUUCGUCGUGGUUAUCAUCGUGAUUGGCGUUCCCAUGUGGUGGAAAACCACCGAAGUCUAUCGCGUCCCACUGCCGUAUUCGGAAAUUGAAUCACUGGACGACGUCCCCAUCAAAGCUACCAUCCGAAUGGGACUGUUCACGAAGUCCAAAGAACGGCGGGACAUUCUGCUGUUUGAACUUGGCAAAAAGUUUGAGAACAACUUUGUGUUCAAUCUUCAGUUGGAGGAAUUCUCGCUAGAUCCGACCAUUGCUGAAUCAACAAAAACUCCAGCAGCGUUGGAGGCUGCAAUCCUAACGCGCUAUCCCCUAGGUCUGGGAGAGUUUGCACUCAUCGAGUGGGGCAAACUGGAAGACGAUGUUCUGGUGACUUCCGAACGGACGGCCUUCAUUUCCGAGAGUGCCACCUCCCUGAAGAUCUAUCAAGUGCUGUCGUCAUGGAUACUUCAGGAGUACAAGCUCAAAGCUAUCCUGGGUUCGAGGGACAUGCAAACGAGCAAGGGUCGUCAACUGAGGCUGAAUACGGCACCGAUGCAACCGCACUACGAGAUACUGAUUUCGGUGCUGAAUCCUCGGCCAGACAUUCAGAAGAUUCACUGGAAUGCCCGUGCUGCUGCCGAAAACUACAUUAUCCCUUUUCUGAAUGGCCUGUCAACGAUCGCCAACUUCACGGUAAAAACCCAAUGGGUCUACCAGGUUGAGAUUCAUAAUCCCCAGAAGCAGAUUCCGGACGAAGGCAAACUACACAGACACUAUGCCAUUCAGGAGGAUGCCCUGCCGCAUGUCAUCACGGCGUUCGAGAAGAAGCUGGGUAAUCAAAUUUCAAACGACCCGGCGAUCCAUCUGGUGGUGUACGUUCCUCCGUGCGGACUUGCUCCUCUACGAAUCUACCGCAAAGAUGGCAGCCGUGCUUCCACCAACAACGUAGAAGCGUUCACUUCGGCCAAAUGGGGCGGAAUCGUGCUGGCGAAUCCUUCCGAGGAUGCAAUCGCAAAGUGCAUGGAGAACCCGUCGGGCAAUGCUGAAAUCUACAUCAGCUCCCAGGAUGUGAUGCCAGUGCUAUUGUACCAGUUGCGAAAGAUUUUCGAUCUCGAGAAUAAUAUCCCCCUACUAGACUCUAGCAUAAUCCCGUUCAACUCAAUCGAACCCCGCAUCUGGGAGGUGGACAACUUUGUCCGCUCCAACACCAUCUACCGAAUCCACUCGGCAACGUUGACCCUGCAGUCGCUGAUUCAGCUGCUCGGUGGAAUCGACUACAUCGUAAUCAACGACCAGGUCGGAGCGGCCAUCAAGGAUGCCCACGAGCGGAUCAUUCUGGCAAAGCAGCACCUGCUGGCCAAUCGACUGGCGGAGGCUGCUGCCGAAGCGCGGCGGGCAUACGUGUCGGCCGAGCGAGCUUUCUUCGAUCCGAGCAUGCUGGCCCUGCUGUACUUCCCCAGCGAGCAAAAGUACGCCAUCUACAUUCCGUUGUUCCUGCCCAUCAUGAUUCCGGUGAUCUUCUCCUUCAACUCGAUCCUUAAGUUUUUGAGGAAACGGUUCGGUAAGCAAGGUGGAAACAAGCAGAAGACUGAAUAAAGCAGAGGCAGACGAGCUGGUGGUUGGAAAGGGGGGAGGGGGUCAUCAAAUUGGUGCCAGUCGAUCCGUUUGCAUGUGUUUGAACUCCCUAAUUUGAACGAGUGUGUGUUUGUGUUUAUUUACAGAACAGAACUUAGUCUAAAAUCCAUA